AUUUUGUCGCCCGAUCUCUCAAGACGCUUCGCCUUCUCUCUCUCUCUUCACUCGCUCACAUGAAGGGAUAACUCGAGCUCCGAUUCCUCUCUCUGGCGACCUCGAUUUCUAGGGUUCCGAGAUCCGACUGUUGGUGCGUUUUCGAUCCGAUUCGACCUUGUUGGAUGGUUGAUUUGAGGUUCUUGGGCUUCCACGAUUUGGGACCUACGCCGGGAGGGGAGUUUUCUUAUUUCACGCAUGCGGCCCUACGGCUCGAACCCCAGGAGGGAUCACGCCGGCGGCCGAGGCGACCAGACGUCUCCGUGGAUUCCUCCCGUGGAUGGCGGUGACGGCGGCCGCGGUGUUGGGGGUAUCGGGAACCUGGCCGACCGGUUGUCCGGGUUGUGCUUGGGCGACGGCCCCGAUGAGAGCCUGUAUCAGGUCAUGAAGGCUGUGGAGGACGCUGAGAACACCAUCAUGCAACAGAUGGAAGAGAAUAAUCAAUUAAGAAAUGAGCUCCAAAUUAAAACACAAGAGUUGAAGAGAUAUAGAUUAGAGGUUACAUCUUCAAGACCUUCUGAGAUACCAACAAAUGACGAUGUGGAGGCCUACAAAACUCAUCAUUCUAAUUCUUCAGCUGGAACUCAGGUGGACAGGAACAGAUGGGUGGAUAAUCGUUCUUCAUUGAAUCCUCAGGGUAUGCUUGUAAUUCAUCAGAAUGGGGUUGCUAGAAGGGAGGAAUCUUCUGUGAAAACUAGCACAAUAAAUCAACAUUAUUUUGAGGGCAACAAGGUUAAUGGAGAUUUAAAAAAAUUUCCUGGAACACAGUCUGGUGGAGAUAGUGCUGGUCCAUCUCAGUACUCUACACCAUCGUCUAGAUCCCUUUCUCCUAACAGGCAACAGAAGGAUGGAGAACAUGAUCAGCGGUUUCAUUCACCUGGAAAUGGACUGGUGCCAGUGACUGGUAUCAAUUCAAAUAUUCUCUGGAAACAGGAACUCAUUGUCAAGGUCAGAGAGCAUGAAGAAGAAAUAGCUCAGUUAAGGAAACAUCUUGCUGACUAUUCAGUGAAGGAAACACAAAUACGCAAUGAGAAAUAUGUUCUAGAAAAGCGUAUUGCUUAUAUGCGUAUGGCAUUUGAUCAGCAACAGCAGGAUUUGGUUGAUGCAGCAUCAAAAGCUAUUUCCUACAGACAAGAUAUUAUUGAAGAGAACAUCCGUCUAACAUAUGCAUUGCAAGCGGCACAUGCAGAGAGAUCAACUUUUGUAUCUUCUUUAGUACCUCUUUUAUCAGAACAUGGUCUCCAGCCUUCUGUAGUUGAUGCUCAGUCAAUUGUCAGCAAUCUCAAGGUUUUGUUCAGACAUUUGCAGGAAAAACUCAUCAUCGCUGAGGAGAAACUGAAAGAGUCUCAGUACCAGUUAGCUCCUUGGUAUGCAGAGUCAUCAAAUAAUCCAGGCUUUCCACCACAAUCACCUUCCGAACUGCUUGGUGCACAAGUGGCUGUUUCUGACAAAAAUAACCUGGAAAUCGUGCCACAGGCAGCCUAUCCACAUGCACGGUCUCCAAUUUCUUCUCCUUCCAACUUUCAAACGAAACCUGACUGGGAGGCAGUCAGGAACCAGAACCAGCAACCUCUUCCAAGUAGUGUUCACGCAAAGAAUUUGGACCAUGACAUCCCAGAAACAAACAUUCCUUUAACCAGAAGGAAUUCCAUUGCCUACGAUGCUUCAAUUCAAACAAAUCAAGAUGACUCUCAUGUUGCACAUCUUAGUGCUGACUCCAAAAAUAUUAAAAGCAGCAGGAAUGAUGAUUCUGAGACUGUUUCUCUUCAGCAUGGACGAGAACCUACUGUACACUGGGCUCCUGGAAACUCCCCCUAUUUAUCAUCUGGACAGGAUGAUCCAAACUCUUACCCUUACCUUCCAACUGUCCUUGAGGAGCCCAGUUCUUCAUUCUCCGAAGCAGCAGAUGAUGAUCCCUUGCCAGCAAUAGACGGUCUUCGAAUUUCUGGUGAAGCAUUUCCUGGAAGGGAACUUCAAGCAAGUGGCUACUCAAUCAAUGGAACUACUAGUUGUAACUUUGGGUGGGUACGGUAUUUAGAAGAUGGAUCUGUGAACUACAUCGAAGGAGCAAAACAACCCACUUAUUUAGUUACUGCUGAUGACGUGGACUCAUACCUUGCUAUUGAAGUCCAACCCCUGGAUGACAGGAAGCGGAAGGGUGAACCUGUAAAGGUUUUCGCUAAUGAUCAAAGAAAGAUAACUUGUGAUCCUGAAAUGCAAGAGCAAAUUAAGAGAACUCUUUCGGAUGGACAUGUAUCAUAUGAGGUUUUGCUAUCGACUAGAUAUCUUGACAUAUGGGAUCCUGCUAUUUUGUCAAUAAAGAGAGAAGGUUACAGCAUAAAAUGCACUGGGCCACGUGGUGUUGUUGUCACGGAGAAAUUUCAACCAAAUACUACUAUUGCAAUCCCGUAUGUACAUCCUACAGAGUUUUUGAUUCAGGGCACUAACGGAGAACAUCUGUUGAAGACAGAAGUUAGUAGUGUGCUGCGAGAUACAAUUGUUCUUACAAUGAGAUUAUUUAAAGUGAUGGCUGGUGAGAAGAGGAAAGGGAGGAAAAAGGGUCUAUUUUUCAAAUAGAUGUUUCUACAAAGCCAUAAAUGCAUGUAUUUUUUGCCCCCCUUUUUCAUUCUGUACAUGUGUGCCUGCUGGUGAGUUUGCUGAUAAAUGCAUCUGUUGUAAACUCUCCCUAUUUUAUCAAGCGAGCUGUUUUUUUUUUUUUUUUUCUCAACUAAAUGCCUUGUGGACUGUAUGCUUAAAAUAGUAUGAAAAUAUUCAGUAUGCUGUGAUGCACAUUAGUUCGAGACUUUGAUCAACCUGUAUUAAACCCGGUACAAGAGAUAUGGGUUCAUGCUUAUGACUGUCAAAUAAUUUCAUCAAACUUCUUGUUGGAUCCAGCAUGAUAAUUAUUA